AUGACGACCAGCGUUCUGCCAUCGACCUCUGAACCAACAACAUCUGUCUCGAUAACAUCUGCUCCACAAACAACUACAUCUGAGCCACAAACAACAUCAGUGAUCACGGCCACCACUGCAACUACAAGUACAAUCCCAUCAACCACCUCAGAGGCCACUUCAGCUCCAACAACUGCACCCGCUACAACUGCACCGGCCACCACAGAUACAGCCACCGCUCCUCCCACCACAUCUCCUGUUACUACGGCCCCCGCCACUACAGCUCCAGCAACAACUGCCCCAGCUACAACAGAUACAGCCACUACUGCUCCGUCCACAACUGCUCCUGCUACGACUGAUACAGCCACUGCUCCAGCUACUACUGCUCCUGCUACAACCGCUCCUGCUACGACUGCAACUACUGCUCCAACUACAACUGCUCCAGCCACGACAGCAACUACUACUGCUCCAACUACUGCUGCUCCAGCCACAACAGCUACAGCUACCACUGCCACUACUGCUCCAACUACAACUGCUCCGGCUACUACUGCUCCAACUACAACAGCCCCAGCUACAACAGACACAGCUACCACUGCCACUACUGCUCCAACUACCACCGCCCCUGCUACUACAGCUACCACAUCCCCAUCUACCACUGCUCCUGCAACUACAGCUACCACUGCUGCCCCAGCCACAACAGAUACAGCUACAACUGCCACUACUGCUCCUACUACAACCGCCCCUGCUACAACUGCUACCACAGCCCCUGCAACAACCACUCCAGCUACAACAGAUCCUGCUACCACUUCUCCGGCAACUACUUCUCCGGCAACAAGCUCAACGCCAUCCCCUACGCCCCCUCCACCACCUCCACUCACUCUUGUCAACACAAAGAUUGCCCAAACACAUGUGCUCGAUCCUCAGGGUCUGUCUUUGAAGGCUGGCGAUGGUGUUGAAAAGAAGUUGACCGUACUGGGUGAGAGGGAUGCUUUGUUGUUGUACCAGAUCAAGGAGAAAGACACACUCCCCUCUGACUUCCGUCCACAAGUCAGGAUUACACCUCCAGGAAGCUCGACAACCGGCAAGUUUGUAAACAAGAGGGUCAACGCCGACCCCACAGUCUUGACGAGCCAGCUCCCAAGCGAACUCCCAGGAACAGAGUCAAAGGGCCCAACUUAUGGCGCGGACACAUACAGCGUGAAGAUACCAGCCAGUCUCAUGAAGCCAGGAAUGAAGAUUGAGGUGCUGAACACAGCCGAUAUACCUUCAGACCCUGUGCAACCAAUCGUAACAUGUCCAAACUAUGUUGAUGCUCGUAUCCUUCCAAUCUACCUUUAUGGUAUCGAUCCAAAGCUCAACCAUCCAUCCAAUAUCCAUGAUCUGCCCGCGGUAACAAAGCCAUUCCUCUACCAACAGUGGCCAGUGUCCAAGCUCACCACGGACAACCAUCCAAUGGGUCAGUUGGAGUUGCCAACACUGGUGGCCCCGCCCACAGGCAGCGCCCCAGCCAAGGUUGUAUCAAACUCUGAUGAAUUUGCUGAUGAGAGUUAUAGAUUGGUUGUCCUACAUUUGUUGGAUCAUGCGACUGCCAUCAGAAGAGCAUGGGGAUUCGACUUUGCCAACUUACAAACCUAUCUCCCAGUAUUCCAACGAAACGCUCAAGGUACCUACGUCCGACUCAAUCGUGGAAUUGCCUAUGUUGGAGCCAAAGAUGGUGAUGGAGACUAUGAGAAUAUCUUCUUCAUUCAUGAACUUGGACAUGGUGAGGGACUAAAUCACGCUGAUGAGGAAUAUCCAAACAAAUACCCAUAUCCAGCAGGAUCACUCGAUGGAUCAGUAUGGGGAUUCAACUUUGAUCACAAUGAGUUCCUCCCAACGACAACUGCAUCAAACUCUUCAAGAUACACUCGUGAUAAUUGUGCCGUGAACAAGUGCUACAAGUUCGAUCCGAUGAUCACUGGCAACGACCCACCCACGCCCGGCUACGCAUACCAGAUGUUCAGUGACUACAAUCAGGCCAUCAUUGAGAACUUCUUCCAGCAACAAAUCACCUACGUGCCGACCACCGACUCAUACCUCAAGUGUAAUGCGGCCUCUGGCCUUCUGGAGCCCUACACGCUGCAGAAUAGCUCGUUCGCUCAGUUUGGAUUCGAUGACAGCAUGCCAAUCAAGCGUGAUGUACCAGUCUACACUGUGUUCUGGUAUUAUGAUCAAUCAGAGACUCCAACAUGCACUGGAUGCAGCUUUAUCUACACGCCCGUCAAGUCCUUGAAGGGCAACCUUCUUCGAUACUUGGACCCGACUGAUCUCAAGCAGAUCCAGGCCUACUCUCCCAACCGACCACCCAUCGGCUUCUAUUGUGCGACCAGUGGCUGUGACUACACGUUGCGAAUCACCUAUGCCGAUGGCUCCAAGUACGUCAAGAUGCUUACCAUGGGCCAGAGACCAUUUGGCCAGCCAGAGGACCCCAUAUCUGCCACUGUCAAGGACCCCAACAACAAAUCCAGUCUAAUGUUCACUUACGAGAACGUACCUGGUGAUCAAGUCCUCACCAAAGUUGAACUACUCUGGACUCCCAUGGCAUGGAAACAAGUAACACCUUCCGAUGCCAAAGUACUCCUCGAAAGAUCAUUCUAA